AUGUUCGCCCGACGCCAAAGUGAUCGGCCAAUGGAUGGUCGUAGUAAGCACAAAAAAAUAUCAGAAUCUAUCGGUGAAUCGAAAGGAAAUUUACGGAAAGCAUUUGAAGCAGCUGAAAAACACAAACCAGCCAUCAUAUUCAUCAAUGAAUUAGAUACCAUUGCACCAAAACGUGAAAAAGCACACGUUGGAAUCGAACGUCGUGUCGUUUCACAAUUAUUAACAUUAACGGAUGGCUUGAUACAAUGUUCACAUUUCAUAGUAAUAUUUGCCACAAGUCGCCCAAAUUCAACUGAACUUGCUUUUAAGACGGUCGCUCUGACCAUGAAGUUGAAAUUGGUAUACCAGAUGUUACUGGAUGUUUAG